AUGUCAACUAAGCUCACGUUGCAAUCUGCGUACCCUUUGUUGGGCGAGUCGGGCGUCGAGAUGCCCGUUCUGGGUUUUGGUGUGUACAAGAGCCCAGCCGAGGUGACGGAACGAUCGGUGACAACGGCGCUCAAGUCUGGAUAUCGUCACAUCGACAGCGCCCAGUACUAUGAAAACGAAAAGCAAGUUGGAAAUGCUGUGCGAGCUUGGUGCCUCGAAACGCACUCUUCUCGACGAGACGUGUUCGUCACCACCAAGAUCAUCGCACCAGGCAAGACCAAGGAGGACACGCUCGAGUCGCUCCGUGAGUCGGUUUCAAAAAUCAAUCUGGAUGGCUACGUGGACUGCUUCCUCAUCCACACCCCCACAUCCGGCCCUGAGGGGCGCAAACACCUCUGGGAAGCACUCAAGGAGCUCCAGUCGGAAGGCAAAGUCAUCACCAUUGGUGUUAGCAACUACGGAGUCAAGCAUCUCCAAGAACUCGUCGACCGCCAACAAACGCCAGCGGUCAACCAGAUCGAGAUUCACCCUUGGUGUCAGCAGCGACCCAUUGUCGAGUUUUGCAAGAGGCACAAGAUCGUACUGCAGGCAUAUUGCCCGAUCGUACGAGCUCAACACGCCAAUGACGCCGACGUGCUCGAGAUUGCUGCUAAACACAAGGUGGACUGGUCGCAGGUGCUGUUGCGCUGGUCGUUGCAAAAGGGCUUCGUGCCGCUGCCCAAGUCAGACACGCCGUCGCGCAUUGCGUCCAACGCCGACAUCUUUGGGUUCGAGCUGGAUGAGGAUGAUAUGAAGAAGCUAGAUGCGAAGGAUCAGGGCGCUAAAGGUGCCGUUGCGCCCAACCCUGUUGACUGCGAGUGA